GGCCGGAGAGCGUGAGAAGAAUGGGUUCUGUGUCAGAGGAGCUCACCUUGGUCCCCUUGCACCAGAGGCCGGAGCUGCUGGAAGCCUGUGCAGAGCUGCUGGGCGAGGAGUGGGGGAAGAGCCGUGCGUCGCGGCUGCACUCGCUGCAGCGCUCCUCGGACGCCUUUCCCGUGUGCCUGCUGCUGCUGCGGAGCCGCGGCCCCAGCGACAGCCCUGCCACCCCCCGGCAGGGGCCCUGCGAGCUCGUGGGCCACGUGCGACUGUCCCGCGUGCUCAGCCGUCCCCAUGACCUCUUCGUGGAGAGCGUGGUGGUGGCGCGGGCGCUGCGGGGCCGGGGCUACGGGCGCCGGCUGAUGGAGGCCGCUGAGCAGUGGGCCCGGGCCCGGGGCUUUCGCUGCCUGCGCCUCACCACCCACGACAAGCAGCAUUUCUAUGCGCACCUGGGCUAUGUCCUGGGCGAGCCGGUGCAGAGCGUGGCCUUUCUCAGCCCGGCGAUAUCCUCUGAGGUGCUGCGGCUCUUCUCCGCCCCUUCUGGGGCUGCCGCUGCCACCAGCACCAGGCCGUGGGUACCCGCGGUCCCCCCGCCGCCCCCGCCGCCCCUCGCUGUGCCCCCACCGCCUCCCCCACCCACUGUGAUCUGGGCGAGGGGUGUCCUGGCUGAGGGCGGCGAGCAGCAGAGCCUCCUGCAGACCCCGCACCGCGAUGCCAAAGGGCUCCCCAUCUUCUGGAUGAAGAAGGACAUCUGAGGGGCCCCGAGCAGUGAUUAAAGCAGUGUGGGUGGGAGCUGCCCGCCGCAGCCCUGCCUGACUGCUGCCAUUCUUCAGGGCUGGCACCAGCUCCCCCAGCCUCUGUGGAUCACCCUGGCCCCAUUGCUGGGGCAGGGAAUGGGCAGAGUUCCCGUACCCUGCCCUACCUGGGCACGCUGCCUCUGCUCCUGCCUGGCCCCCAGCUUGCCUGGCUGGGGCUCUGGGACCACCAGCAUGGUGGGGAGCCAGGCCCACCGCAGGCUGUGGCAUUGGCACUAGUCCCCAGGAGCACUGCCCAGUCCCGCUAGUUGUGUCCUCCACUCAGGAUUUACUGAGUGGGGCAGCUGGGGCUGAUGGAAGUGGUGGCCUCCAGCAUGGCCACAGCUGUCCUCACUGAGCAGUCUGGGGAAACUGAGGCACAGGAUGGCUGGGUGGGGGGGGGCACUGUGGGAGUAGGGCACGGUGGUGGGGCUGCAGAAUCAGGUCCCCUGCACUGCACAGCGAGGGGGGCAGGUGGCCAAGCCCCCCUGAGGCAGCUGGUGUCAGUGAGGGACAGGCAUGGGAGCGGGAAGGUCAGAGAGAGCGUCCGGCCUGGCAGCGAGGGAUUAGCGCUGUCCUUGCUGUGUCACGCGGCCCUGGGCCCAUUCCCCGCCUAAUCCCCUCAUUCUGGGCAGCUGGCCAGUGCUGGGCAGGGGCACCAGACCCCUCUGGCCCUGCCUGGGCUGUGAGGGACAGAGCUGUCCCUUUGGCCCCACAGCAUGCCUCUUGGUGGGACUCGGUCCUUCAGCAGGUCACCCAGCCUGGCUCAGCACUGUGCUGAAAUGGGGACCAGGAAGUCUUGGUGCCUCCACUACAGGCAGGACUGGGAGCCAGCAGGGAAAUUGAGGCACCAGGGUCAGUGGCUUGCAGUGCCACUCCAGUGCUGUGCCAUGGCUGUGGUGGUGCAAGUAGGAUCACAGCACCAGAGAGCAGCAGGCAUAGGGUAACACUGGCAGUGCUGAGGCAGGAGGGAUCUCAAAGCCCCAAGUGUACCCAGUCCUGUCAGGUUUUGGGGUGGGCAGCAUGUGCUUGCAGGACAGCCCAGCCCCUGUGGCCAGUCCUAGUCCACCAUGUGCCGGGGGGCAGUGCCUGCAUUGCUGGAAUGCCCCCUGCAUCCCACAGCCUCAUCCCCACGGCUCUCCUUUCCUCGCAGGGUGCCGGCCCCGCGAGCAGCUGGUGAGGCGGG